UUAAGUUGAACUUUUACUUCCUUGUUUAUAUUUUUUGAGGCAAGCGUCUGAUAUUAAGGAUUUAAAGGAAGAUAACUCUUGUGAAAACAUAAACAACGUGUGAAUGUGAUUGUAGUUUAUCAGCUGGGUUUAGUAGAUCACAGAAUAAGUAACAUCAUGGAUAAAAGAAAAAUGAAGAAUCAAGACAGCAACACUGAAAUUAAGAAAAAAAAGCAGAAGAAGAAUAAAGAUUCUGAAUUUACUGCUGAUCAGAAUGACCGUCAGAUAGAAUCAUCAGGAAAACAGAAAGUGCAUCAAAAAAAGGCAAAUGAUUUAAAUCUAAAGGUAUCCAGCAUGCAAAAUCUGCUGACUGAAAAGUUAAAGAGAGUACAAAAUAAGAGGUCAGAAAAAACUGACGUUGAAAAUACUAAAAAGAUAGAAGAGGCAAAAAAGGUAGAGGAGGCAAAAAAGGUAGAGGAGGCAAAAAAAGGUAGAGACCAAGUACCUAACAAUAAGAAUUUAGACAAUGUAGAUAAUAAAAGUAAUGUCCAUGGAAAAAAUAAAAGAAAUAAGAAGGAAAAUACAGACAGGAAUGGAGAUGAGCAAGCUGUCAUUGCAGAGUCAGAUAAAACUGAUCAUGUACAACACGAACUUGGAGAGGAAGAGGAAGUUGAUCCAGAAAAAGCUGCCAUAAGAGAGAAAAAGAGGGAAAAAAGAAAACAAAAGAAGUUAGAUAAACAAAAACUAAAGCAACAAAAUGCUGACAGAGCUGGUUCAGGUCAGAAGGCUGCUAUUGAAUACUUGAAUCAAUGGAAAAAUAGCAAAGAUGAAUGGAAAUUCUUGAAAGUUAGACAAGUGUGGUUGUUACAAAAUAUGUAUGAUCAGAAAAUGGUUGAGGAUGAUAGUUUUGAAAUCUUGCUCGAGUAUCUUGAAGGUUUACAAGGGAAAUCAAGGGAAGUCACUGUGUCAGAAGCAGAAAAGGUUCUUGAAAAGCCCGAAUCAAAUGAUGAAGAAUCAUCAUCAUCAGUGAUAACUGAUCGAGCCAGACAGAUAAUACAGUUACUGUCAGACUGAGUUAACCGAAAUUGAAAUCAUCACAGACAUCAUGGAGCAUAUGCCAGCAAUGUUCAACCUUAUUGCGAUGAAGCUUUGUGGUUUAAAUAAGUUGCACAUCAUGUGAGUUUGAAUAUGGCAUGUAAAAGAGCAACUCAGGGUACUGGAUUCCAUGUGGAAAAUUAGUAGCGGUGUAUGUCCUUGCUUUAAAUAAUGCAAGGAAAGAUAUCACAGACUGAGAGGAGGGAUGGUGUUUAAAAAAAAACAGGCUGGAAACAAAAUAUAUGUAGUAAUAAAUAGUGAUGAAAUCCAACUUGAUUAUUUGAAACAUGUUACAUCAGCAUCACAUUAGGUUUUCUUCAUGCUAAAGAAAACAUUGUAUCACUUCUGAUUCUUGAAAUACAUUGUAUUGUCAAAGCAUUUAGAGGUGUACUAGUUUAGAGUGUGUAAACAGUUUGUUUGCAUUUCAAUUAUGUAAUGAUAGCAUGGAAUGUUCCUGGAUUCUUACAAAAAUGUUUUGGAUGACUCACUACUUUAGUUGAUGCUAAGAUAGUAGCUAGGCUGGGGCCUUUAUUGAACCCAGGGUCAUUGUUUGCAGCAAUAUUGGAAAAACAGUGUUUCAUGAUUUUAACACUUGAUAUAAUGCUUAAUGCCAUAUACAUGUAUUAACAUGUUGUAAAACAAAAGAGAACAAUAGUGUUAAUUCCAUAACAAUGGAGUAAGGGUUCUAUGGCACUGUAUUUUAAAAGAGGAAAUAACAAAAGAACGGCCCUUUAUUCCUUUUUAUACGCCCGUUUGAAAAUGGAUGGUAUUAUAUUUCCCCCCUGGCGGGCGGCGUCCAAUUUUUGUACACCCAUGGACGAAUUUUAAUGAAACUUCAUAGAAAUGUUAACCACUAUGAGAAGCUGUGUCGCGCGCAUGGACCAGGCCUGUAGGUCAAAGGUCACACUUAGAGGUCAUUGAAAAACGCUUUUCCGGAGCAAAACUUCUACAUGGAUAGAGAGAUUUCAAUAUAACUUGGCACAAAUGUUCACUAUUGUGAGGCGGAGUGUUGCAUGCAAAAUUUAGUCCUUGCGGCCAAGGCUAAGGUCACACAUAGGGUCAAAGUUCAGGUAAAAAUAUGAAACUGUGUAUUGGGACCAUAUAGUUAUCAUUUAUUGAGGGAUUGAAACACAAAUGGCAUUAUCAUGACUACUGUUGUGAUACAUGUAAUUUAGGUUAAUAUGUGCAAUAUAAUAUAAUAUACUAAAGAUGAUUGUCAAGGUCACUAAAGAUGAUAAAAUAUAAAGAUUUUGUCCAGAGCAAAUUUCCUACACAUAUGGAGGGAUUCUAAUGAAACUUCAUAGAAAUGUUCACCACUGUGAGAAGCCGUGUCAUGCGCAUGAACCAGGCCUCUAGGUCAAAGGUCAAGGUCACACUUAGAGGUUAUAGAAUAAUGCUUGUCCGGAGUAAAACUUUUACAUCGUUUUAGCCACUAAAUUGCACAAUUCUGCGUUACUUUUGCACAAUUCCUGCGUUAACUUGGAACAAAUGGUUACAAUUGUGAGGCAGAGUGUCGCAUGCAAAAUUUAGGUUCCUGCGGCAGAGCUGCAUCAGUACUAAGGGUGUAGUACUUAAGUACCAGUACUUGGCAAAUUAUGCAGUACCAUUACCAGUACUAGAUUUUAGCUUGGUAUUGCAGUACCAGUACUUUUUUUUGUGAAGUAAUUAAGUACCAGUACCAUUACUUUUAUAUGUUCAUCAAAGUUUGAAUAAAUACAGUGUCAAACAAAUAAUUGCAAAUAUUAUACAGCAAAGAAAUAAAAUCAUAAUUUACUUUAAAGUUAACAUAACAUGUUUACAACUUUAUAGUUUUAACAUACUUUUUACAAACAAUAUGUACAAUGUUUUUUUAAUGAUUUUUUAUUUAGCGAUUAGUGUCUGCUUCUUAGCUUUAACGAUAUAAGCAUGCAUAUAGUAUAUAUAGCAGA